AUACCUGAUUGGAAUUGGGAGCGUGUUUGCAGAGACGCAAAAGUGGAAUGGUAGGUGAUGGUGAGGAAUGAGGGUCUGUCAAUCCCGAAUGUAAAGUAUUACUGUAGAUGGUCAAGGGGAAGCGAGAAGCCGCAGAGAUGAAAUGGAGGUGAACUUCGUGCAAAGAAUUGGAAACCAUGGGAGGCCGCAAACCUACAUUAAGUAUAGAGAUUUCUGAUUUCCUUCUUUUCAGUGGAAAGGAGCUUGAAUAAAUUGAAACAUGAUCUCGGGCCAUCCGCUGCAGAUGUAGACGUCUACAAUCAAUGAAAUAAAAUUGGCUCCUGCACGGUAACGGGCGGGAAAACUUGCCUUUCCCUCCGGCCAGGAUCACCGGGGCCAUUCGACUGGAGCCCGGGGUCGGUUACACACCUUCUCUCGGUACAACCUCAUCUUUUAUGCCAACCGGCAUUACGAUUGAAGGAACUGAAAUGAGGAUUUAGUAAUUAAUCUCCUUGGCUUUGAGCUCGAUGCAAGGUUGGGUGGAGCCGUUCGACGACGCUCGGAAUCGACGAGGCCCGCACGAACACCGCAUCCGUUCGGUUCGGCAGCGUUGGCGUUCGGAAGGCGUCGGAAGACGCUCGGCGUGGUUCGGCAACACUCGGCAACCUUCGGGCCCAGUCGUGGACUUUCGGAGAUCUGGACCCGCCAGCCGCUCUGAAACCGUGUGACGCUGCGUACGAGGCGGUCUGUGUCGGAAUCGCUGCUCGGAACCGCACGGCUUUUAGUAGUUUUCAAUGAACGGGCUGGUCGCUCAAUUCAGCGGUAUUUCCGGUUGCUCAUUUAUGGAGUUUCUGAAGGGCAGCAGAGACUAUUGCCAGGCACAGCACGGCCUCCUUGCAGACAAGUGAACUCUGGUCUCUCUUUUCAACUAUUCCAUUGGGAAACCACCUUAAACGGAAAAGUGGCAUCAACAAACUGGGAUUCUUCUGGAUACUGGAUUUAAAAAUUGGAUAAUUUUUGAGAAGAGGACGGUUGUUCUUUCAAUGACCUUGUCUGGAUGGGGUAACUCUACCUGUGUUUUGUGCACUUGGAUGCUUUAAGAAGCACCAUUGCACAGACACCAACUUGAAAAGUGCCAGGUUAAACUGGACUUUAUAUCCCACGCGCUAAAUUCACCUGAGAGUGAGCGGUGGUUUAAAAGCACAAGUACCAACAGUGAAAACAAACACAGUUCUGCUUAGAGUGUCUCUUUUUUUUAAAUUUGAAAUUAAGUAUUGCAGCCACAAUGAACCGCCCAGCCCCAGUAGAAAUAUGUUCUGAGAGUAUGAGAUUUCUCAUCACACACAACCCAACUGAUGCUACUCUCAACAAGUUCACAGAGGAGCUCAAGAAGUACGGUGUUACCACGCUGGUUCGAGUUUGUGAAGCCACCUAUGACAAAGCUCCUGUUGAAAAAGAAGGCAUCCAGGUUUUGGAUUGGCCUUUUGAUGAUGGAGCUCCACCUCCUACCCAGAUUGUGGAUGAUUGGUUGAAUCUGUUGCGAGAGAGAUUUCAUAAUGAGCCUGGAUGUUGCAUUGCUGUGCACUGUGUGGCAGGUCUGGGACGAGCUCCAGUUCUUGUUGCACUAGCAUUGAUUGAAUCAGGAAUGAAGUAUGAAGAUGCUGUUCAAUAUAUACGGCAGAAAAGACGUGGAGCUUUUAAUUCAAAGCAACUACUUUACCUCGAGAAAUAUCGGCCAAAAUUGCGUUUGCGCUUCAGAGCCUCUAAUAGUACCAGCUGCUGCAUCCAGUAGCAUUCUCAGUCCGGACUUUAGACAUCCUGGUGACACGAACACACAAUUGAGAUGUAUCCACGCUGUGGUGAAGUCAAGAUCGUCAAUCUUGGAGUGAAUUUUUAAAAAAAAAAGAAAUCUGUCUUUGUGGUGAAGGAAUUGUGUAUGUUUCAUAUUAUGAUUGAUCUUAUCAGAGAGGUUCAAGGAGUCUAUAUAGAAAGGAAUUCACUGCCUCUGUGAGCAGGAGGUUAAGAUUAUGUCUGUGCAAAGCCCCACACUCUGUCACCUCACUUUGUAAACCUCACUUGUAUUGCACAAAAACUUGCUGAGGAUAUGGUUUGAUGCAAUAGUUUAUUCUUCUGGUUGCUACAGGUAGGCAAAAUAAAAGGUGGAAUCUGGCACUGUAAUUGUUUUGUAUUUGAUUUCGGGGAAAUAAUGCCAACCCUUAGGAGUAAUCAUUGUUUUGAUUUAUAUAUAUUUUAGAAAACACAAGAAUUAAAUCUGGAAUAGUAUCUGUAUUUUGAAUUUUUUUUAAUCUGCCAACAUUUUCAUCCAAAAAGUUUAAGAAACAAGGAAGUAUCUGUCCUUUUUUUUAAACAAAAAUUGAACAAUUUUUGGUUUGGAGCGCCUAUGCAAUGGCAUUCUGGUGUAUGUGAAACAUUUCCCAAAAUAUGUUUGUUAGAAUUUUCAGCAUUGGCUUUGGGUUCCAUUUCUGGGAAAUGCUGCAACUAAUAUGAUUAGAAUUUUUAUAGCCAACUGGAUAAUAUUUCUCACUUCUUUGUUCCCUGGGUAAGGUGACUUGAUCGGAGGAGGAACAGAGAAAAUUAUCACACUGGCUUUUGUGGGAAAACAAGAUGGCUAAGUGUCACUUGGUCAAUGUCUCGUAUGUGUUAGAAAUCCUCGCAGCAGGGCUUUUAAUUGGCAAGUGUUCCCUGCUGGACAUUUUGCUGUUAUGUAUUUUUCUGUGGUCCUCAGCACAAGAAUGAUGCCACAGUGAUUUUUAAUCAUUGUUGCCAAUUCAUUCUAAAUAGAAAAAAUGAUGAGCAAGUGAAAUGGAUUGAGAUGGGCUGUGUGGUGCCAGUGCUGUAGAAGGAUCAAUCCACUUCAUAUCUGAAGAACAUGCAGCCCAAAUGGAUUUGCCAACCAGCUAAAAGAAAGCUUAAGAGGUAGUAAAUAACAGAGGUUUAAACAAAAAAGGUGGAAGUGCUGGUGAAAAACACAUGUCUAACAACUAUUUUGUGCUCCCAUAUAAAUUCAUAAUUAAAAAAAAAUUUUCUGGAUAGUUUUGUUUGUAUUUAACACUCAUCCACCUUAAAAAAAAGAGAAUUUAUUAUUUUUUCUUAUGAAACUAUUUUCAAGCCUUUUGCAAAUCAUAAAGCAAAUAAGUGAACUGGAUUUAUUUUAAUUUUUAUUCGCUUUCAUUGUAGUGAAAGGGCGGGAACUUUGUGAGAUGGCUGGUGUAAAAUGAAAAUUAUCUAUUAUGUAAUCCUUUGGGAAGGGUGGCACCUUGCUAGUUGUGUCCAGCAAUCAUUUUAAGGUGAAAAUGUUUCUGAAUUAUGGUUAAUUUUUUUUUAGUUUUUCUUUUAAGUUAAUGUUUUCAGUUUUUAUCUGUUGCAAACCAUUAUUUCUGUACGGGAACUUUUUGUGUUACGGGAAGUGUCACUACUGGAUGAACAGCAGCAGAUGUGCCAGCCAAAUUGUUUAAAGCAGCUUGAAUUGUUGCUUCAGUAAACAGUUUUGCAGUUUUAUUUUAAUCCUGCAGGUGUGGCUGGUGCAAGAGCUUUCAUCACUCGUGGCCAAAUAUGCAAAGUUGCACUGCAAUGCAUUUACAAUGAAGAUUCUGCAGAACUAAUGGGCAGCCUUUUUAUAAUGUUUUUUAGCCCUUAUUCAACUCUGGGUAGUAAUGUUACAGAAGGAGCUUCAAAGUUCCUCACUAAAUGUGAGGUCAAGCUGGCGAUUGCCUAUGCAAGGUAAAAUGACCAGAGUCUGUAACUGAAGUAACACAUUUGAUGGAAGGUUUCCUGUUUUUGAAACACUUUAGGAUCCUGCAUUCUGCCUCUUGCUGCCAUCCUUUAGCCAUGACUUGUAUGCUCAAAAUACACCUUUGUAGGGGUGCAGAAAUGUACUGUGUAACAAAAUUUAUAUCCACUAAAAACACCUGAUAAAUGCUUUUAAUUCUGGUUCUGUUGUUGGGAGCAUUUGGUUUUGUGGCCAACCUCGUGUCACAGCCAUCUUGUAAUAUGCAAAAUGUAACACAUCAUGAAAAGAACUGGGUAGCUAGGCCAUACCAGUUAGAUUGGCUAAAGCCUGGCUAAUCGUGAACUUGUACUGCUUUUUAAACCUGAUUCAAAUCAUUUUUUUCUGCACUGUUGAACUUGAUACAACCUUGAAACAGUGUUAGUUUUAAAAUUGCCCUUAACUAAUUCAUCAUGGCUAUUCUUGUGUGAUUUACCUUUUUUCCAAUACUAGGUAAGGCUCUUGCAGAAUUUUCUAAACCAUUUUUUAUAUCUUUGCAGUUUUUUAAGUGCAUGUCACAGGAAAUUUGUUAUUAGGUGAAUUCCCAUGCCGCCUCCAAAAAAAUCCAAAGGAUUUUGCCUUAAUUUGCAGCACAAUGAAUGUGUCAGAAUUCUGAUUCUAUUUAGUCUUAGAAAUCCCCAUACACACUGUUAAAUGUCAUCAGUGGGAAUGACUUCAGAAGUAGCUGCAUCGUUAAGAAGCACACAGACUUGAAUCAACUGAACUACAUGUUACUGAGACAAAAAUCUGAUAGCUCUGCAUUCUGGAGCAUUGCACUCUGACAUAGGCAUUCUGGGUAGCUUUGUCAUUAACGUGUUUUUACAUUUGAGUUUAUUUGGAACAUCAAUUACAUAUUAAGCUAAACUGGGUUCUUUCGGUGCCUUGCGUUUACUGACUUAACUGUGGGGAAUGAAUACAAGUCAGUAAGGAGGCCCUUAUGGGAUCUGUGAAAUACACCUGUGUUUAGUCAAUAAUAUGGGCAGACUGUUUUGGGGCAAACCACUCUUUCUUGCAAACCUAAAAGGAUCAGGAAAGAAGAGAGCAGGUUGAGGUUGACAGAAGGAGAGGGGAAGCAAUUGUACCUUCUCUGGAAGGAGGUGGUUUAAUUUCAUUUGCCCUUUCUUUGGAAGGACAAUAUCAAGAUCCCCUGUAUUUAAGUGUUACAAGGACCUACAAAAUUCUGCCACAUUGGACUGUGCACUAAUUAGUCAAUUGUGACUCUUAAAAACUGAACCAAGUUCACAUGGUCAAAUUAGCCGCUAUCUUCAAGAGCCUAACCAGUAAAAUUUUUACAGGUCCUAGCACUGAGAGGGUUUGGUAAGGUGUGGCACCUAAUGCAUCUUGUGCGUUGGAAAUGAGUUGAGGCUCUUGGCGAAAAAUGUUUGCAAAACGUUCAUUAACACAAAUGUUUAGGUGAUUUUUGUGUGUCUUGGAGCUGGUUUGUAUUUUUUUUAUUUGUCUACAGCUGUCAGCUGGGUACUAUUUUACUUGUGUACAUCUCAUGAUAGUCACUAAUGGAAUUAAGAAAUAUAGACCAGUAGGAGUAAUGGACUGGCACUUACAAGCAAGGUACUGCAACCACCAGCUCGUUGUUGGAAAUGUCUCAAAGUGAAUUUUACCCAGACAUUUCCAGUGAUGAGCUUCGAUAUCCCAACUCCUAUACACAUGUCCAGAUUUUUCUGUUGAUUUUCAUGUUACCAGACUUGUGCUUUUGGCUGCUAAAAUAAAUGCACAAGAGUGAAAUGAUAACAUUCUUAUCACAAUUUCAAACUGUUCACGUUUAAGAUCAAUAUUCUGUCAUUUCAAAAUGAAUAUACUAUUCUAAAUGGUGAUUUGUUGAAGAAUUUAGUGAUGCCUGUCCUAGAAAGACUGCAUUCCUUUCAAUUGGCGCAUGUUGUUUCUCAGAGGUAGCUCAAAUUGACAAAAAUAAUGAACCAAAUCUUAAGCUCGAGCGGGCCUUGGCAUGUGAUAUUUCCUGUUUAAAGUGGGCACCUUGAGUGAGAGAGAAUGCUGAUGUUUUGUUGCUUGUGAUUUGAAGUAAGCUGAAAAGUGCAUUCUUUAAAGUGACUGAGUGACAUGAAGCUCAUACCUAUCCUAAAUCAUUCUGUGUCAAGGACACUGAUCUGCCUUUUCUGUGUAUGCCUUGGGGGGAGAGGGGGGGCUGUUUGUGUGUGUGUGUGUGUGUGUGUGUGCAUACUAGCAAUCACUCACUCAGCUUUAUAUAAAAAAAACUUAAGCCAAUUAUGUUCCAAGUAUUUUUUUUCUCAUUUUGCAGAACAAAAUAGCAUUGGAAAUGCAGCUCAUUUUUGCAGGAAAACUGUCCCUGCUGUGAGCUGCCUUUUACCUUCUUUGUAGACCAAAGGGAUUCAGUCUUUCUGGAUUAGUAUUUCUGGUAUAAAUCCUGCUUUUGUUGAUUUGAUAUUAAAGAGAUCAAUUGACUUCAGCUUUAGAGCUCUCUUACUGUGUUUUUGUUUCAUUGUUUUUGCAACUUGGGCCAAUGUUUGCCAAUAUAUCCAUACUGUUGGUUUUCUUUCUGGAUUUAGUAAUCAAGAUGCCAAAAAUCAGAUCUGUCAUCUACUUAUCUUCUCAAUUUGUAGCAAAAAAAGGGUUCCUCCCUUGUAGGCUGGUUAAAGCCUUGCAACUUGUUGCCUCUAUAAGUGGUCAUGCUUGUGUGUACACAGGAACUGAUGGAAGUGAAGGAUACAUCCUUGGGUCUGAUGGAGGAAACCUUCCUUCACAACCAGUAAUGGUGGAAUAGAACAUGAUGGAAAGAGAAAUGUCUUUGUAUGGCAUCUUUCACAUGUAUGACUUGAGCUCAUUCUCCUGACUCGAGCAACUGCAUUAACACUGAGACAUGCCUGAUACUUAACUGAUGUGGCUAUAUUGCUCAGUUAGGUCAGUCAAUUGUGGCAAAAACCCAUCAUAAGCCUUUGUAUCAGGUGACUACUUCCACUGUUUUCGAUACGUGUUGAAAACAUUUUAAUAAAAUUAAGUACUUGUUUCCAAGCAA